CGACAGAGGCUAAACGAACUCAGUAGGAACGACCCGCCCUGCCCGAAGUAAAUAGAGUGAAAGAGAGCGCCUCGAAGAAGAAUCGGAAGAAGAAAUGGCUUCGUCUGCCGUCAGAGAAGUACAGCACGAUCUUGAAAACCAGGCCAAUGCUCUCAGCAAGCUCCAAAAAGAUAUUGCGAAGAAUCAUCAAGUAAGAAAGCAGUACACGAUUCAGCUUGGCGAGAACGAACUGGUCCUCAAGGAAUUGGAUCUGUUGAAUGAGGAUGCGAACGUGUACAAAUUGAUCGGUCCGGUGCUGGUGAAGCAAGACCUGGCUGAAGCCAAUGCUAAUGUCCGCAAGAGGAUCGAAUACAUCUCUGCUGAAUUGAAGCGUCUUGAUGGAACUCUUCAGGACUUGGAAGAGAAACAAAACAGCAAAAAAGAAUCGAUAUUAAAAUUACAACGGAAGAUGCAAGCUCUCCAGGCUGGGAAGAAGUCCUAGUCUCCCUUUGUGGGCAUCCAUGGGCUGGCUCACCGCCGCUCUUUUUUCUUUUUUUUCUUUUCUUUUCUUUUCUUUUUUUCGUUUUUUGGCCGUUUCUUCAAGGUCCUCUCUCUACUAUUUAUACAUGAAGCUUGUAGUAAAGUAACUAAGCACCUGCCCAACCGGCUUCCAGUCUAUUCAGGAUGUGAAAGGGUUUCAAUUACAAUGCUUCCAUGCCUGUUCUUUUUCUC